AUGAUGGACUCGUCGCCCCAAUCCAAGUCUCUGGAGCCCACGCUUCCUCUGGCCGGCACCAAGCGUUCUGCCCCAAGUCUCCUACCGCCAUUUGAACCUCUCUCUUCCUCGCCAGGCUUCCCUCGACCCUCCAAACGACAAGCGCGACCCGGUUCCGUGGGGGGUAAAAACGCGUACCUGAAGUAUCCCACGCCCAUCCCGACCUCGAGCACCGGCAUCCUCUCGUCUUCUCCACCCCGCGUCCACCAAAGACCCGGUGGCCUACCACGAGCCCUCUCUUCCGCCUCGGAGCGCACUCCCCUCGGCGCCCUCGCCUCCAUCGAACUGAACGACAGCGGCGAGACUCUGCUGAUGGGCCGCUCUAGCAACUCGUCCCACUACCAGCUAUCAGCUAACCGUCUUGUGUCCCGCAUCCAUGUCAAGGCACGCUAUGUGCCCGCUGCUUCCGCGUUAGAGCCGAACAAGAUUGAGAUCAUCUGCAACGGUUGGAACGGCCUGAAGCUGCACUGCCAGGGUCGCACAUGGGAGCUCCUCAAGGGCGAUUCCUUCACCUCGGAGACGGAAGGCUCCGAGAUCAUGCUCGACGUCCAGGAUGCCCGUGUCAUGAUUCAAUGGCCGAAGCGGGACCGCCAUGACCGUCUGGCAAGCCCCGACGAGUCGGCCUGGGGCGACUCGCCGCCCCGCUCCGCCGCCCGUGCUGCUGCCGACCUCCUUCAGUCCAGCCCCCUCCGCCACGCCUCGCGCAUUGAGUCUCCGGAAUCGCCCACCCCAGUGCAUCUGUCCAGUUCGCAAAGACUUCAGGCCCUUCUUCCCACCGACGACGGCGAGGUACACAUCUACGAGGACUUGAUUGCAGACGAGCCCGAGCUGCCCAAGCUGGCCGACUCGGGCACCAUCAUCGGCCAGAGCUUCGCGACUGAGGCCACUAACUCGUUCUCGUCCGAACUCAGCGAGCCCGAGGACGAGAACGACCCGGAUGAGGAGAACGACCCAGUGGUUCACUCUUUCGGGCCGUUUGGUGCAGACAUCUCUAAUCGCCUGGCUUCCAUCACCACUGCAUCGCCAAAACUCCCGUCCUUCAAGCGGCCAGGCCUGUCCACAAUCCACGACGAGGCCAAUGCCUCGAAUGCGUCUAGCCCCAUUUCCGCACCGCCAAAGUCGCCCGAGGACGAAGAAGAAGAUUAUGAGCCAAAGGAGGCUGAGCCCCCUUACGAAAACCCCGCCGUUCGCAACCACGUAGUCAACCAGCUCGCCUUCUCUCGCUUAUCGUCCAACCCGCUGUCGACCAUCAUGAACAAUCUGCCGUCCGAGGAGAAGAGGGGUUUAGCCAAGGAUCAACUUCGAAGCCUCAUCGAGGCCACGGCGUGCAUCGGCAUCAUUCGUCGCCAGGGCAAGGACGCCGCCGGCAAGCCCCUCGAGAGCGAGUACUACUACGUGCCCGAGGCCGACGAUGACGACCAGCGUCGUCUCGCCGUCACGGACGGGCUGCGCAAGCCCAGUCUGAGAGCGUGCCGAAAGCAGCAUAAGCUUUCAUCCCAUGCACCUGGCUCCUACGACCUUGCCUUGCUCGAGCUGAGUUGA